AUGGGCUCCGGCGAAGAGGACACAGGAGGCGGAGGAGGGGCGGUGCGGGGCGCGGUGCUGAAGGCGCUCGUGGUCGUCGGCGGCGUCCUGCUGCUCCGCCGCCUGCGCCGCUCCACCACCCGCUGGGACCAUGCGCGAGCCGUCGCCGACGCGCUCUCCGGUGAGAAGUUCUCGAGGGAGCAGGCGAGGAAGGAUCCUGACAACUUCUUCAAUUUGAGAAUGCUCACAUGUCCUGCAACCGAGAUGGUGGAUGGCUCAAGGGUGCUUUACUUUGAGCAGGCAUUUUGGAGAUCUCCAGAAAAGCCUUUUAGACAAAGAUUCUACAUGGUAAAGCCCUGUCCGAAGGAGAUGAAAUGCGAUGUUGAGUUGAGUUCAUAUGCAAUUAGGGAUGCUGAAGAGUACAAGAAUUUCUGUGACCGUCAAAAGGAUCAGAGGCCACAGCCAGAAGAAGUAAUCGCGCCUUUGGUGUUUUGA